CAGGGCCCCUUUGUUAAAGCUUAUGAGGGACUUAAUCCCUGCAGGCUGUUGCUGCUUCCCUAAAAAGGGACUCCCUUUUCCCACAGUGCAGCUGUCCCAGUGAUAGUAUGUGUCUUGCAGGGAUGAGGAGGUUUCUGUUACUGUACGCGACACAGCAAGGUCAGGCAAAAGCCAUAGCAGAAGAAAUCUGCGAGCAGGCGGCCACACAUGGGUUUUCUGCAGACCUGCACUGCAUCAGUGAGUCGGACAAGUAUAAUCUGAAAACCGAAACAGCCCCUCUGGUUGUUGUUGUUUCUACCACGGGCACCGGGGACCCGCCGGACACGGCCCGCAGGUUUGUUAAGGAAAUACACGACAAGACGCUGCCGGCUGGUUUCUUCGCCCACCUGCGGUAUGGACUGCUGGGUCUGGGUGACUCAGAAUAUACCUACUUCUGUAAUGGGGGAAAAAUAAUUGAUCGACGACUUCAGGAACUUGGCGCCCGACAUUUCUAUGACACGGGACAUGCAGACGACUGUGUAGGUUUGGAGCUUGUGGUUGAGCCGUGGAUUGAUGGACUCUGGGCCGCCCUCACAAAGCACUUCACAUCGAGGCGAGGGAAGGAAGACGUGGGUGGAGCCCCCAUAGUGGCAGCCAACGCCUCAUUGAGGACAGACCCUGUGAAGCCAGCAGUUUCACACAUUGAAUCACAAAUCGAGCUUCUGCGAUUAGACGAUUCGGGAGGGAGGGAUUCUCAGGCUUCGGGACAAGACACAGUGAACGGUGGUCAGACAGGUGCCCUGAUCGAAGACUUUGAGCCCUCACUCAUCUGCUCAGGACCCCCACUCUCACGGGCCUCCCUCAGUAUCCCCGCUCUGCCCCCCGAGUACUUGAAGGUGCGUCUGCAGGAGCCGCUUGCCCAGGAGGAAAGCCGACCGUCUGUGACUUCAGUGGAUUCAGUCUUUCAAGUUCCAAUCUCAAAGGCAGUUCAGCUUACUACCAACGAUGCCGUAAAAACCACUCUGCUGCUGGAACUGGACAUUUCGAAAACAGACUUCUCCUGCCAGCCUGGAGAUGCCUUCCACGUGGUCUGUCCGAACAGCGAGGAGGAGGUCCAGAGCCUGCUCCAGAGGCUGCAGCUCACACACCAGAGAGAACACCGCAUCCUCCUGGAGAUUAAGGAGAACACACGGAAGAAGGGAGCAGCGUUGCCUCCGCACAUCCCUGAGAGCUGCUCUCUGCAGUCCAUCCUCACCUGGUGCCUGGAAAUACGAGCAGUCCCGAAAAAGGCCUUCCUGCGUGCCCUCGCGGACCACACCAGUGACGUCGCUGAGAGGCGGAGGCUGCAGGAGCUCUGCAGUAAGCAAGGAGCUGCCGACUAUACACGCUUCGUGAGAGACGCGCGCGUGGGCCUGGGGGACCUCCUGCACGCCUUCCCUACGUGCCGGCCGCCGCUGAGCCUGCUGCUCGAACAUCUUCCUAAGCUCCAACCCAGGCCAUAUUCAUGCGCAAGCUCAAGUCUCUUCCACCCAGGGAAGCUUCGUUUUGUUUUCAAUGUUGUGGAGUUUCUGUCCUACACCCCAGCGGCGGUCUUGCGGAACGGACUGUGUACGGGCUGGCUGGCCGCGCAGGCCACCUCGCUUCUUCAGCCAGGUGUACACCUGUCACCUGCAGACGACAGGACAGCCCUGGCUCCUCAGAUCUUCAUCUCUCCUCGAGCCACAAACUCCUUCCAUCUACCAGACGACCCCGCGGUCCCCGUCAUCAUGGUGGGCCCGGGCACUGGUGUUGCCCCCUUCAUCAGCUUCCUGCAGCACAGAGAGAAACUUCAGGAGCAACAUCCAGAUCGAAACUUUGGGGCAAUGUGGUUGUUCUUUGGCUGCAGGCAUAAGGACCGAGAUUAUUUAUUCAGAGAUGAGCUCAGGCAUUUCCUUAAACACGGGGUCCUGACUCACCUGAAGGUGUCGUUCUCACGAGAUGUCCCAGUGGGCGAAGAGGCAGCCCCAGCCAAGUACGUGCAGGACAACUUGCAGCUUCACUCCAAGCAGGUGGCCAGGAUCCUUCUCCAGGAGAACGGUUCUGUUUAUGUGUGUGGAGAUGCUAAGAAUAUGGCCAAGGAUGUAAACGAUACUCUUGUGGAAAUAAUAAGCAAAGAGGCUGGAGUUGAAAAACUAGAAGCAAUGAAAACAUUGGCUACUUUAAAAGAAGAAAAACGGUAUCUUCAGGACGUUUGGUCAUAAAAUCCAGAAAGUGAGGGAAGAGGAUUCAGCUUUUGUGGCUAAAAAUACUAAAAGCCAGUAUUGUUGAAGAUCUGCUGUCUGCUCCCUCCCUGUGCCUAUGACCCUCUGCAAAGGCCCCUCCUGCCUACAGGCCCCCUGCUGAGAGGCGGCCCUCCCCACACCUCAGCAGCCCCCCAGGCCUCAUGCCCUGGAGCACUUGGCAGAGACGUGGCCAGCUCAGGGGGUGCUCAGUCUGGAUCUGUACACACAGGUGGUCUGCUCUGGCAGUGGCCUGGGGUCCCGGCUGUAUGAUCGACUCCCAUGAACUGACACUGCCAAAGCUUUUCAAUAAUGUAGACAGUUUAUCAUCUUGGUGUGACACAUACCCAUAAAGAGUAUUCACAUCAUGGAUUUAAACUAUACACGUGUAACAUGUCCGUUAUGAGUUAAUGUAAUUUUAUCAAAUGGUUAUUUAUUACCAAAACUCUAUUUCUGAUGAAAAAUAUUUUAAGGUAAUGCUUACAGGAUUUUUUUUAAAUGAUGCUAGAAAUAUGAAAUAUAUUUUGAAAUUCC